UAUCCAUCCGUACUUCGGUACAUUAUUCCGCCAUUUUCGGCGUAAAUCUUUGGCUUUUCUGAUUGAACGUUGACCUGUCACAGUCACACCGAGCAAGUUCAAUCUCUGGAUUCUUUUUUUUCCCGCAUACCUCGACGUUGCUGAAGAGUCCGAGUCUGUGCAACCUUGCCCUCCACCUAUCUGACCUGUAGCUUCUUCAGCAUCAUCAAGCUUACGAGCGUUACCUCCUGAUUCUGGAGGCUUAUACUGCCCCUCGUUCAUUCCGAGAUCGGGAUGGCUGCGCAAAAUCUACAGAAUGGCGCUCAGCCGAAGUAUGAAAGAACCCAAACGCAGCCUGAGAACCCGUUUGCUACCCUGAUUCCGGAGCAACAGUUCGCCAUCAUCCCCGAGUUCACUCUCGAAUCGGGCGUCACGCUUCACAAUGUCCCUGUGGCCUAUACCACGAGAGGCAAGCUCUCGCCUAACGGCGACAAUGCCAUGGUCAUCUGUCAUGCCUUGACCGGCAGCGCUGAUGUCAGUGACUGGUGGGGACCUCUUCUUGGAGGCCCCGGCAGAGCCUUCGACACAUCGCGGUUCUUCAUCGUCUGUAUGAACGCCCUCGGAAGUCCUUACGGCACUGCGAGUCCGGUUACUGCUAAGGAUGGAGAUCCGUCAAAGGGCAAUUACGGCCCCGAAUUUCCUUUGACUACCAUCCGCGAUGACGUCAACCUUCACAAGCUCCUCUUGGACGACCUUGGCGUCAAGCAGGUCGCCGCAGUCAUUGGUGGAUCGUUGGGUGGCAUGUUUGUUUUGGAGUGGGCGUACCUUGGCAAGGAGUACAUCCGAUGCAUCGUGCCCAUUGCGACAUCAAGCAGACACAGCGCAUGGGGUAUCAGCUGGGGUGAAGCCCAACGGCAGAGCAUUUACGCAGAUCCGAAGUACGACGACGGCUAUUAUCCCUUCGAUGACCCCCCAUCGACCGGCCUCGGCGCCGCUCGCAUGUCUGCUCUUUUGACCUACCGCAGCCGCAACUCUUUCGAGUCACGUUUCGGGCGCAACAUCCCCGACCCUUCCAGACGGCAAACAAUCCGCGAGAGGUCAAGACCCAGCACACCGUCCGAGGCGCACUUCCACAUCCAUAACGACGGCCACAACGUCAAGCGGGCCAGCCUCCCGCGUCAGAAUAGCCAGAGCGGAACCGUAGAAACGCCAGUCGACGGCACUCCGGCCCAGACGGCCACGGAGACACUGGACCCCCAGUUUCAUGGCCCCCAGACGGAGAGUCUGACUGGAGGCGACAAUAUCCCUACCUCGACCUACUUCUCCGCGCAAUCCUACCUGCGUUAUCAGGGACAGAAGUUUGUCAAGCGUUUCGACAGCAACUGCUACAUCGCCAUGACGAGAAAGCUGGAUACGCACGAUGUUUCCCGUGACCGUGCCCCGACCAUUGCCGAGGCCUUGGCAUUGAUCGAACAGCCUACCCUGGUCCUGGGUAUUGAGAGCGACGGCCUGUUCACGUUUGCGGAACAAGAGGAGAUUGCGGAGCAUGUCAAGAACGCUAAACUCGAGCGAAUCGACAGCCCCGAGGGUCACGAUGCGUUCCUGCUCCAGUUUGAACAGGUGAACCGCUACGUGCUGGGCUUCUUGAAGCAAACGUUGCCAGAUAUCAUGGAAAAGAAGGGCGAGGAGGUGGAGGACACCGGCGUUGGCCAACUGACCAAGAGUAGCACUUUUGGAGAGGCCGAGGUGGAAGAUAUCACUGCGUGGUAAAUGACCGCACCCUAGAAGCGAGGCUGGAAUGGGAAAGCGCUGGUGCUGUACAUAUCGACGGAUCGAGUUGUUGUUUGGCUGUCCGUUUAAUUCAACAUAACUAGAGUUUUUCAACAACUCAGCGAUGCAGGGAAAUGGGCGGCGAGGGGUUAGAAACAAAACUAUAUCAUUUUGCGAUGGCGUAAAGUCCGGC